AUGAGAGUCCAACUAGGCUACCCGUUGAUCAGAGCGUUCUACGUUAUCCUGCCCAUUCUCCUGACGGCUGAACUUCUUUACAUGUUUCAUCCAUUUCUGGCACGUCUUCGACUACCUCGUUCUACAGUCCAUGAUUCUCGCCUGCGCUGCCAUGGAGGCGACGGAUGCUUUCCCUCAAUCCAUGAGUCUCUGGCCGAGGACGUGGCGGAGAGCAUCCGUUACUGCCGCAACAACUCGGAAGAAAUGAACCGCCAGAACCCAAGAAUCGCGACAGUCACCGCUCAGUUCGGAAAGCACCAGAAUCACUACGCAAGAGCUCUGCGCACGCAUCUGGUCCACACUUUGAUACACGACGCCGAGCUUCACGUCCUUUGCGAGAGCAUAGUCGACGACUUUUGGAAUAAGCCAGCCUUCAUACUAUCGCUACUCUUAGAGGAGCUGGAGAAGCCAGAAGACGAAAGGCUGGAGUGGCUGUUCUGGGUCGACCGCGACACCAUCAUUCUCGACAACUGCCGGUCGCCGGCGAGCUUCCUACCUCCGCCUGCCGGCUGGGCCGCUAGCGGGAGCGACUCCGGAUACGUCAACGCGCGCAAGGACAAUCCACACGACGACAUGCACCUCAUCAUCUCGAACGACUGGAACGGGCUGAACAACGGCAUCUUCCUGCUCCGCGUCAACAGGUGGAGCCUGGACCUCUUCGACUCCAUCCUAGCCUAUCGUCACUACAACCCGGAUGUGAAGCUGCGGUUCACGGAGCAGAGCGCCAUGGAACUCCUCCUCCAGGAAGAGAAGUUCAGACACAACGUGACUCUGGUGCCUCAGCACUGGAUCAACCCGUACCCUGGCGACUUCCCAGAAGAUGACGGCGUCAAGCUAGAUUGGGAGUUCUUUGCGAGACCGGGGGACUUCUUGGUGCAUUUCGCAGGGUACGAGGAUCGUGACAAGUCGAUGUUGCCCUGGCUUGAUAUCGCGGAGGAGAGAACGACCGGAUGGGCCGCUGGGCCGACGGUGAGAAAGCUCGAUUACGAGAUUGCUGAAUUUUGGCGCAAGCGGUUUUCGAAAGAUCCUUGA